AUGGAGCCGGGUCAUGGUAUCAACAGCUCUCACAUGGUGGACUCCAUCCAUCUGUGUUAUGAGCAUGUCAACAAGUCCUGUGUCAUGACAUACGUCUUAUCUCCUGCUGUAAAAGGGGUUGUUUACAUCAUAUUUGGCACCAUCAUUUUGCUCACCGUGGCUGGAAACAUGCUGGUUAUCAUCUCCAUCCUUCACUUCAAACAACUCCACACUCCCACCAACUUCCUCAUCCUGUCCCUGGCUGUAGCUGACCUGCUGCUGGGGGUUCUAGUCCUCCCUCCCAGCAUGGUGGUCACUGUGGAGAACUGCUGGUACAUGGGAGACAUCUUCUACCGCUACUACGCAGUGUGUCGUCCUCUCCGAUACACUAGGACCAUCACUGUGCAGUCAACUAUGGUCAUGGUACUGGUGAGCUGGGGAGUGUCUGCUCUAGUGGGCUUUGGGACAAUAUUCCUGCAGCUCAACAUCCUGGGUGAAGAGGAGUUCUACUAUGAGCAUGUGGUCUGUGAGGGUGGCUGUGGUGUGGCAUACCAGACUGCCACUUCUAGCGCUGUCUCCUCCUCUCUCUCCUUCUACCUUCCUGCACUCAUCAUGCUCUGCAUCUACCUCAAAAUCUUCCUGGUGGCCCAGAGACAGGCUCGCAGCAUCCAGAGCACCACCUUCCAGAACCAGAACUCUGGAGCUGUGGCCAGCAAGUCAGAACGAAAGGCCUUCAAAACCCUGGCUAUCGUUAUGGGAGUCUUCCUGUGUUGCUGGACUCCUUUUUUUCUUUGCAAUAUUUCCGCUCCUUAUAUCGAAGACUCUAACAUUCCUCUUUUGAUGAUAGUAACGUCUUCAAUUGGAUUCUCAAACUCCUUUCUCAAUGCCAUUGUGUAUGCUUUCUUCUACAGUUGGUUCAGGAGGGCAUUUCGGACGAUUGUCGUCGGUUCCAUAUUUCAGCCACAAUCAUCAAACACUAAAUUGGUAUCAGAUUAA